UCGGGGAGCUCGCUCGCGAGUUAACUCGCGCGGCGAUUGUUCUCGCUGUCUCGCGCGAGAUUGCGGGUCGCGGCGAGAUGCGGGAUCGCGCGGAGCGGUCGGUAUAAGAAGAUUCGCCUUCGGACCGAUGUUUUUUUGCGCCCGGCCGCGGUGCACGCGGAUCGCAGGUCGCGGUGUGCCGUGCGCGACGGAUUAGAGCCGAGGCCCUGGCCAGCUUCGAUCGGGACGAAGGUCCGAGAGAACGUGCGCGAUAUUGUUAUGCAUUAGCGGCCCUCAGGGGGGGAGGAGGAGGGCCAGUUAUCGCCGUGUUUCGCGGGCGCCGUCUCGACCCGGAGCGAUCUCGUGCCGCGCCGACUGAGGCCACCGUGAAAUCAUGGUGUCCUCGUGGUGUUACUUCAUACUCCCGGUGGUACUGUUCAUCGGCCUGCUCCGCAAGUGCCGGGAGCGCGCCUGGGGUAGAUGCCGGAGCGCCGGCGAUCUGCAGGGCCGGGUGUUCCUCGUGACCGGCGCCAACUCCGGCAUCGGCAAGGAGACGGCGAGGGAGCUGGCCAGGCGUAAGGCGACGGUCAUCAUGGCCUGCAGGAAUGUGCAGAGAGCGAAGGACACGAGAGCGGAGAUACGCAGCACGAUAUCCACUGGCGAAUUGAUUCCCAUGGAAUUGAACCUCGCGUCUUUCGCAUCGAUCAGAGACUUUGCCAAUGAAGUGCUGAAGAAGUUUCCCCAGAUUCAUGUGCUGAUCAACAACGCCGGGGUGUACGCGCCUCUCAAGGAGCACGCGUUGACGGAGGACGGGUUCGAGAUCCACUUCGGGGUGAAUCACCUGGGCCACUUUCUGCUUACGAAUUUACUUCUGGACCGUCUGAAGGAGAACGCUCCCAGCAGGAUAGUUGUGGUGACGUCCAAGCUUCUGGAGUCCGGGGUAAUAGAUUUCUCGAACUUGAACGGCGAGAAAGGACUGUCGGUGAAGAGCAGGAUGAACCCCGGCUACUGUAAUUCGAAGCUCGCGAACGCGUACUUCGCCGCCGAGCUCGCGAGACGGACAGAAAAUACCGGUAUUAACGUUUACAUGGUGUGUCCCGGCUUCACCUACACCGGUCUGUUCAGGAACGUGAAGAGAAGCUGGUUUCACUAUAUCAUUUUCUCGCCGGUGGCUCUUAUGUUUCUACGCACCUCGAAUCAGGGCGCGCAAACGGUGCUGCAUUGCGCGACGGAAUCGUCGUUGUCCGAGGAAAGCGGACGUCUGUAUCGCGACUGCAAGCUCUACGUCUCUAAAAAGGACCUGGACCCGGAGGUGGCGCUCCGUCUAUGGGAAGUAAGCUCGAAAUUGACCGGCGUAAAGGAGACCACGAAGUAAACGACCUUAGGAUACUCGCGCAUGUUGUACACGUACAAUUGACAGUAAAAAAUGCCGUUUGGUUCCGGUGUGUUGUGAGGAAUCGCACUUGCGUGCCUACCUCCCCUCCGGUGACCGGUUAAUUACUGAUGGAGAAGAGGCAGCGAGACUCUUGAGGAAGGCAGCCCGGCGCAAAUGCGGUUCUACUUAUUACCAUGCGAAUCGGAGAGCGCUUUUGCUCUUCGUCGUCAACAUCUCGAUUUCACCUUUGUCGUAUUCCAAGUGAUUAUUCAAUAUUUAUUUUUAUAUAUAUAUAUUAUAUAUAUAUAAUAUAGCGAAUAGGAGCUAGACACUGUCAAUGUGGCACACUCUUAUUUCCAUUUUUAUGUAUUUCAAGUCUUAACUUAGAACGUACAUAUAUACAUGGAAGGGCAAUCUAGUACCGUCCAUCCCAGACAGCACAAGACACACCUAUGCACAUUUUAAGAAUAUUCUUCAAGAAUAUUCGGAAUAUUC